AUGAUGCACUCCUCGCCGGAAACCUGCGCUCAAGGCCACCGCUCCUCCGUCGUCCUCCCAACCGCAGAGGGCGGCUCGAUCUGCCUCCUCUGUCUCUCCAAUCUAUUGACUAACCCAAGGUCGCCCACCGUCCACGUGUCCUACGCCCUUUCCCAGCUCUCUCAAGCCAUCUCCCAGCCCCAAUUCCUUCAGUCUCUUCUCACCUACCACUCGCAUUUCCUCAUUUCCCCCCUUGUUGGUGUACUAUCCAGCUUUGACGACGAGCCCCUUGCAAAACAGACAAUCGAUUUGAUUCAAACGUUGUGUGAUUCUGAAUCCGAUUGUCAGGAUGUGCGUAAGGAGUUUGUGGCCAGGGUUUCUGAUUGGCUUUCUGGAGGCUCGUUGGCUUGGAGCCAUCGCCAGUUAUACAUGCUUCACUGCUUCGGUGUACUCUUGGAUAAUCAGGAUUUUCACUUGUAUGAUUGCAUUAAAAACAAAGAUGCCCUGAUAUUCAACCUUGUCACUGGUCUUCAAUUGUCGAAUGAUGAAAUCCAAGGGGAGAUUAUGUUUGUCUUGUAUAGAACAUCCCUCCUUCACUACACAUAUAUGGAUGAUAGUGGCUCCGACGUUUUGCAUAACUACUGCCCCAAGCUUUUGCAUAUCUCGCUUGACAUCCUCAUGAAAAGUCAAAGUGAUGAUGUACGGCUAAACUGUUUAGCACUGUUGAUGGUGUUGGUUCAAAGGGGAUUCCUUCAGAGGGGAUGCUCAAAUUAUGUAGGGUACAUGGAUUCCGGUGAAGGUGAUAAUUUCAUGCAAAUAACAGAACGUAUGAUCGACGAGCCACCCCUGGAGGUCUUGUUUGCUGAGGCAGUUAAAGGCCCAUUGCUUUCUUCAGAUACCCAAGUUCAAAUUGCUACGUUGGAUUUAAUAUUUCGGUACCUAUCAUCAGAGGAUGUCUCAGAGAAAGAAUGCGAAGUAUUCAUCGACGAGAAUAUAGCAGAUUACAUAUUUGAAAUACUGAGAUUAUCAGGAAGCAAAGAAGCAAUUGUCAACUCUUCAAUUAAGGUUCUUGAUGUUCUAUCAAAUGUGGAGCAAUCUUUCAGACGAAGACUUGCGAUUGGAUUCUCGACAUUAGUUCCAAUUCUGCGAUAUGUGGCUGAAAUCCCUUUUCAACCUGUGCAACAUCAGCUUCUGAAGCUCAUUUUAAACUGUGUAUUAAACACUCCUGGAAUAGUAUCCACCUGUACUGGUGGAGAAAUUAGUAGUAUAUUAGCUGGAAUGUUUAAGAAACACCAAAAUGGGGAGAUUGGCAUGCUUCCAGAGACAUUCACGUUGUCAUGCUCGAUACUUGUUGCGAUUAUGAAGUGUACAUCAUCUCGGGGAAAUUCAAACUUUGUAGAAUCCAUUAAAGCUUGUGCAAGAACUGUGGUCUCAACUUUUAUAAACAAUGAUCUUAUCACCACGGAUCAAAUUCUGCACUCUCUUUACUUACUGAAGGAAGCAUAUGCAUAUGAUCAGGAAGAUAAUUUUCCUGGACCUUCAAAUGCUGGACUCCAUUUUUUGGUUACUGACAUAUUGAAAAUGAAAAUUUCACCUUGGUUCAUGACAGUGAUCAAUGAUAUGGAAGAAGAUGUUAUUGCCAUGGGGGUGAUUGAAACGAUCCAGUCAAUCUUACUUAAUUCCAAUGAUGAUGCCAAGGAUCUUGCAGAGCACUUGGCGUCGUCGUCAUGGUUUAGUAUACUCUUUGGGUGCUUGGGUUUGUUUCCCACGGAAAAGAUGAAGUGGAGGGUUUAUCUAAACUUCAGUUCAAUUGUGGGUAUUCUUCUGGGGGGUGAUUCUGGGCAACCAAUUAUGGAUGCUGCUCACCAUUUGCCAUCUGACCCUACAGAUUUGCUUUUCCUCCUUGGUCAGAAGAGUUGUCGCAAUCUUGAGUUGUUCUGUUGUCAAAAUGCAGUUCUUCUAGUAUUAUAUGUCAGCUCGUUGUAUAAUGACAGGAUUGCUGAUGAGAAGGUGGUACUAUCUUCCUUGGAACAAUUUAUUUUACUCAACAGCAGCAAUUUCCCGUGUGGAGCCUCAGCCUCAGUGACCAUAGAGGUAGUAGUAAACCUUUAUGGGUUGUACCGUGGAUUUGCCAAGAUGAGCUACCAAAUACCAUAUAGCUUAGAAGCUGAAAAAAUUCUCUUUCAGUUACUUGCUGAAAAAAAUUGGGAUUCUCUUUCAACAAAGAUACAUAUGACAUCAUUAACGUGGUUGUUCCAACAAGAGAAACUCUGUAAGUCUUUAUCUACUCAGAUACUGAAGUUCUGCCGAUGCAACAGCUCAAUUGGUGAUACUGUAGUUAUUAAUAGCAAUAGCCAACUAAAAGUUGAUCUGAAUCUGUUGGCUGAGUUAAUAACUUCGGGAAACAACUUUGGAGCAAUGAUUUUCGUGUGCCUAUUGGGAGAUCUUGUCGAAAAUAACAGCGACGACUAUGACAUCAUUUCAGUGCUAAGUGUUUGCACCAAAAUAAUUGAAAUUGCUCCAGUUGCUUCCGACAGAUUCUGCAUAAAUGGAAUAGAUUUGGUGCUGCAAAACAUUUAUAAUCAUUCAAGCCAGUCCUUUCCAGAAUUAUUCAUAGCAACUUGUCAGUUUAUUUUUAGUCUUCUAAGAUCGGUGCAGCCUGAAUCAAUGACUUCUCAUGAAGCUUGGGUGGGAAUUACUGUGAAGUUGGUGGACUACUUAAGCACCACUGUUGCUUCAGAUGGAUGGACGGAUGAAGUUCUCAUAAUACUCGCCAUUCUUUCUUUUGUUUUGCACCACUCGACGAGGAACGUACUAACUGAAGCUUCAAAAACCAUAUUAUUGAACGCCCCUUUGGCUUCAAUAAUUAAUAGUACAGUCUCUGAAGCAUGUUCCAAGGGACAUGCUUUGGUCGACCAUGAUGAGGGAACUCGAACUGGGGAAGUCCUCAUCUUUUUGCUUUCACUGCUCUUUUUUUCCAUAAGAAGCAUACGAGCUGUUCUGCCCGGUAUCACUGAUUUCCGAAUCUGGCUUAGUGAGGGUUGUGAGAUAAUGCAGAGGCCAUCAUCAUCCUAUCUCAACAUUCAAUGCCGUGACUUGUGCAAGUUGAUGCAUUUUGGAUCUGCGCCUAUCAAAUUAACUGCUUCAUUCUGCCUCGUGGAACUAUUUGCCUCACUAGCAGAAUAUACGGAAAACAAGUUAGUCCAGUUGAAUGUGACACAAGCCUACUUGCAGUCAGUCUCAGCCAUACUAGAGGGCCUUAUAUUUUUUGGUGACAUGAGGGUCGCACUCAACUGUUCCUACUGUUUGUCGACUCUCAUGUCAUGGAAACUGCCAAAAAUCGGGAAAUCUGCAGGGUGGUGCAGAUUGAUAGUGGAGGAGCUGGUGUUUUCUUUGUGUGCCUCAAGCCUGACUUCAAAGUCUUUAUUGACUCGUAACAAGCCAGCUGCUAUUGCUGCAGCCGCUUUGUUAAAACUGUCACAAGUACCUUCUUGGAUGACUAAAGUAUUUGAUGAACCUUCUAUUGGGUGUAUUAUUCAGAACAUAUGCCCCAGCAAUAUGAAUGCUGAGUUGGUGGUUUUGUUUAGGGAGCUCCUGCAUUUGGGCUAUCUCAACUCUGCACAUGUUGCUAACCUAAGUCGAACAAUCCAGGCUUGCAGGACACUCGUAUAUGCUGAUGAUAUUGAAAAUAGCUGCAUGGAGGAUCACGCAGAGGAUGUAGCUGUUAGCCUCAAUCAUGUGGGGAAAGCCCGUGCCUGCCUUGUCAGCCUUGUGUCGUCUUGCUCGUGUCCCGAGCGUCCUCUAUGGAAGAAAGAGUUGCUAGAAGAAAUAGAAUUGUUCACAAAAUGUUUGAUGCAAGAGGAUGAAGCAUAG